CGUGCCCUGUUUGAUGACGUCGCGCUGGGCGAAGACAAAUAAGCUCUUAGCAACAAGCUAAGAAACCAUUAGGGGACGGAACGCGCAUCCAAAACACUCAGACCUUUCGUGAGAACACUUAUUUGUCGGAAAGUGUUUGGAAGGGAUUAUGACUUCAUUUGACCUUUCUUGUUUUUAUAAUGAAAGCAAGUUAGGUUUGUACUAUCCGGGAAAGAGAAAACGGUAGCCUGAGCUCGAGCUGCCCGCUGCACCGACCGUGUGCUCUGGCUGGGAUGACUCUUCUGUUCAAACUAACAACACGAAACUCAAGAGAGGGCAAUAGUCGAGGUGGUCGACAUCGAUUUAAUGUUUGGACUCAGUCUCAUUAUGCUUUAGGGAGACCGUUUGUUUUGACGGAAACGUGUUUGUGUCCUCUUCAACCUUGAUUCUUCUUCAUGUUCAUCAUCAUCGAGAACGAGCCCUUCUCAUCCACUAAUAUUUGGUUUUCUCUGGUACAUUUGUGAAUUUAUGCAAAUCUAACACCAGUAUCUAUUAGUUGGGACCUUCGUUUUGGAAAUACAGAUACCUCUGUUACUUCUCCAGACUUGCAGUACAGGUGGUCAAAUUAAAAAAGCCUCGUGAAAACAGCUUAAAGGGGAUCAUGCCUGAACCCUGCAGCACUGUGAAGUCUCUGAACAUCUGACAAGCUUCUCCUCGGAAAUGAGACUAGACGGACACUGAAUUUCCGUUUUGGAUGGAUCUUGCUUUAGUGAAAACAUUUUUUAGAGGAAAAAGAAAUAUUUGAUUUUGAUUGCAUGCAGCCAUGAUGAUACUAAGCAGAAAACCAGAUGGCCCCAUAACUGCAGCUCGCCAUGGGUAUGAUUCCUACAUGCGCCCCGAUCACAUUGUGAACCAGGACGCUGAUGUGAAUGGGCAGAGUCCCUCUGGACUGCCUCCUCUCCCAAAACACACCGGUGUCAACAAGCCUGCAAUGAAGGAUCACCUAGCAGUCCGCGGAGGACAGAAAGUGAAGUAUUUUUACGAGGACACCUACAACCGCAAACUCAAUGGUGUGAGCCAGCACAAUGGCACAAGCCAAGUACCUGCGAAGCCACAACCUGCAAUCUCCAAAGACAGAAGCGUGGACAGCAACAGCUCUCUUAAGUCAUCUGAGAGCUCAACAAAAGUCUCAAAGCUUGGUAGCCCAAUGACCCCAGAACAAGCUAUCAGGCAAUACCGGCAACAACUGACUACCUUGGAGCAGCAGGAGAUCCACAACUAUCCUGAGAUCUAUUUCCUGGGACCAAAUGCCAAGAAGAGGCAGGCAGUAGCUGGGGGCACCAACAACAGUGGAUAUGAUGAUGACCAGGGAGGAUACCUCCACGUACCUCAGGACCACCUUGCCUAUCGCUACGAGUUCCUCAAGGUGAUUGGCAAAGGUAGUUUUGGACAGGUGGCAAAAGUUUACGACCACAAGUUACAGCAGCACCUCGCCUUGAAGAUGGUGCGCAACGAGAAGCGCUUCCACCGGCAAGCUGCUGAGGAGAUACGAAUUCUGGAGCACCUGAAGAAGCAAGACAAGACAGGCAGCAUGAACGUUGUCCACAUGUUGGAAAAUUUCACCUUUCGCAAUCACAUAUGUAUGACUUUUGAGCUGCUUAGCAUGAACCUGUAUGAGCUCAUCAAACGCAACAAGUUUCAGGGUUUCAGUCUCCCAUUGGUACUCAAGUUUGCACACUCUAUUCUCCAAUGCCUGGAAGCACUCCAUCGCCAUAAGAUCAUCCACUGUGACCUGAAACCAGAGAAUAUCUUACUGAAGCAGCAAGGCAGGAGUGGGAUCAAGGUCAUUGACUUUGGCUCCAGCUGUUUCGAUCACCAGCGUGUAUACACAUACAUCCAAUCCCGCUUCUACCGUGCACCUGAAGUCAUCUUGGGAUCGCGAUAUGGUAUGCCUAUAGACAUGUGGAGCUUUGGUUGCAUUCUGGCAGAGCUGCUUACUGGAUACCCUCUGUUUCCUGGUGAAGAUGAAGGUGACCAGCUGGCCUGCAUGAUGGAGCUACUGGGUAUACCAUCUCAGAAAUUGCUGGAACAAGCCAAGCGUGCCAAGAACUUUAUCAACUCCAAAGGCCACCCACGCUACUGCACGGUCAGCACACUUAGUAAUGGCACUGUCGUCCUCAAUGGGAGCCGUUCUCGCCGAGGAAAAUUGCGAGGUCCCCCAGGAAGCAAGGAGUGGGCGACGGCCCUCAAAGGCUGUGAUGAUGCCAUGUUCAUUGACUUUCUGAAGAAGUGUCUGGAUUGGGACCCUAGUACUCGAAUGACACCAGUUCAGGCCUUAAGACACCCCUGGCUCUACAAGAGACUGCCUAAGCCUGCACCUGGUGGCGAGAAGUCCAUGGUGCCCAAACGGAUCACGGAGCACAGCACCUCUUUCCCUAAUGUCAGCUCCAAGGUACCCUAUGUCAUGGGCUCAACCAACAACAAACUGCGGACCACGAUAAUGCUGCCGAAGCUUGUUUCAUAGAGAUUCCUUAGCUUUUCAGGGAUAAAGACACAUGUAGCAGUUUAUAGAAGUGGAUUUUUUUUCUUCGUUUUGGUUGGUUUUUCUAAAUGAGUGUCAAAACUUACAGAUUCAAUUUUUAAUGAAUUAUAACAAGCAAAAACAAUUUUAUACAUCUAUACUGUGUUUUUAUCAAAUGGCUUUCAGAGUGUAAAAUUCUAAAUUGACAUCAGGGCUGUUUUUUUUUUACACCUUGGUCUUGAAAUGAGUGCUGUUUAUUGGAGUGGGUGAAAAUUUAGAUGCUGACUGCUCAUCCUGUUCUUUCUAAAGUUUACACUACUUCUGCUCAGACAAACAUACAUAUUUUGCAUCUCUAAGGGCUGCUUUGCAUUUGUGACUCCUAGUAUACUUUUUUGAGGGCUUAGAGUGAAUGUUUGCAGUUGUAGGUCUAA